CACCAACAAGCCAAGUCCACAACAUCAGACGACGGCGCCAGAACUGCCAGGCCACGAAACACGACUGCACACAACGCGAUGCCCGCCCGCACAUCGACGCGCGCACCGCGCACAUCGACCACAUCCACCAAAUCAACACGCACAGCCUCCGCACGCCAGUCUGCACACGCCGUCGAGAUUCCCGAUGAAGGACCCGCCACGUCGCUGCGCACACAAGUCGCGCAGAUCUUCGGCGAUGCGCAGAAGACAACAACGACACAGCGGAAGCUGGUGGUCAACUUGAGGAAGAUCCAGGAAGCGUGUUGUUUCGAGGCGCCGCAGACUGGCAAGAAGGGGAAGAACGCCAUGAUGGAUGCGCACGAGGACUUCGACCAGGACGACUUCAACACGGAGAUCGUGAGGUGUGUGUUGAGAGUUUUGGGCGUGAAGAAGAGCGAGUCGGUGGGGGACAGACUGGUGAGGUUUCUGGGCUUGUUCUUGAAGCACGCCUCGGAGAAGGACGCGGCCAUGUAUGCAGCCGAGGCUGAAGAAGAUGCAACGCCUGAACAUGAGAGGCCUACCAACCGUCUGAUAUCGCAGGUCCUCACUACCAUCAUUGGCUUCCUCACCGCAAAAGAUAAGACGAUACGCUUCCGCGCCACACAAACAAUCGCGCACAUCAUGAACAGCCUCGAAACCAUCGACAACGACAUGUUCGACCUGCUCAGACUCGGACUGAUGAAGCGGCUACGCGACAAGGAGCCCUCUGUCCGUGUUCAGGCCAUCCUUUGUCUGGGUCGGUUAUCGAAUAGUGACGAUGACGAGCAGGAAGACGAAGACAGCGACGACGAUGCUGCGGGCAGUAUCCUGAGCAAGCUUGUCGAAGUAAUGAUCCACGAUCCCAGCGCUGAAGUGCGACGCGCUGUGCUCAACAAUCUGCCCCUGCUACCUUCAACCCUGACGUACAUGUUCGAACGCGCCCGUGAUAUGGACCCGGCAGCGCGAAGAGCAGUCUACAAGACCAUUCUACCAAAGCUAGGCGACUUCCGACACAUGUCCCUCGUGCAGAGGGAGAAACUCAUCCGAUGGGGACUGCGUGACCGAGACGACAUGGUGCGGAAACACGCUGCCCGUCUCUUCAGCCAGCGAUGGCUGGAAAACUGCGCUGCUUCACGUGACAAUCGUCCAGAAGAGGAGAAGAUACCGGGUGAGGUCGUUCCACCUAAUCUAGAGGCUCUGUGUGAGCUCCUCGAGCGCAUUGAAGUCACGCGAUCUGGAGAAGAAGAUGGCAUGGCACACGAGGCGAUGCGGGAGCUGUGGGACGGCCGACCGGACUACCGAGAAUACAUCACCUUUGACCACGAGUUCUGGAACAAUCUCGACGCGCAGAAGGCUUUUAUCGUUCGCACUCUCAACGACUAUUGCCAGAGCGUUCAGGACGACAGGCUGCAAGACACACUCGAGGAUAAGAUGCCUGAGGUGACUGCGUUUGCCUACAUCAUCCAGCGUGAACUGAACAAGCUCAUGGAAGUCGUCGACACUGCCGCAGUCCUAGACGAAGACCACCCAGACGCCGAGGAAGCUCAAGACGACGUCGAGGAAGGAGACUUCAUCGUCCAGCAGCUGCUGCACAUCGCACUGAGUCUCGACUACUCGGACGAGGUGGGACGUCGGCAGAUGUACAACAUCAUGCGUGAAGCCAUGGCAAAGGCCCAACUCCCGGAAGAAUGCACAAAGCUCGCCAUUGAGGUUCUGCGUGCGACAUGUGGGACGCGUGGCGAGUCGGAGUUCUGCGCACUGAUUGUGGAAGCGAUUGCUGAAGUUCGCGAUUCACUCCUCGAUGGGGAUGAGGACACGGGAAUGGAAGCUGGUAGCGAUGUGGAUGGAAGCGUGCACUCUGCUGCAUCUGAUGUCCAAGAGAAUGCAGCUUUCAUCAGGCCGGCAAAGAGGGCAAAGACUGGAAAGGAGCUUGAUCCAGAGGAGGAGGAAGAGCAGCGCAUCCGAGAGACUAUGGUGUACUCGAAGUGUCUCCACAUCGCUCAAUGCGCACUUCAGAACGUGCAUCGCGAUUUGGAGACCGACAAUUCACUGACAAGCAUUCUCAACACCCUCAUUAUUCCGGCUGUUCAAUCGCAUGAGUCGAUGAUUCGAGAGCGUGGAGUCAUCUGUCUGGGUUUGGCGGCACUUCUUAGCAAAGAUCUCGCUCUAAAAAACCUCGAACUCUUCUUCCACUGCUUCACAAAAGGCCACGACGCCCUCAAAGAAAUCGUAAUCCAAGUCCUAACCGACGCAAUAAUCACGCACCCCCAACUCCUCGCUCCCCCCGCCGUAGACCCAAACGCCUCAUCCGAAGACUUAGAACCAAAGUCCAACCUCCUCGUCCGCCCAAUCACCAAACUCCUCGUCAAAGCCUUCAACAGCGACAACAAGCGCAUCAGCCUCGUCGCCUGCACCGCCGCAUCAAAGCUCCUCCUCAUGGGCAUCCUACCCCCCGCCCCAACAGCAGAUAUCCUCAAAUCCUUCACCCUGACCUACUUCGACCCGGAGACGGGCACGAACCUCGCCCUCCGCCAGGCUCUCAGCUACUUCCUCCCCGUCUUCUGCCACAGCAAGCUCAAAAACGUCGGCCUAAUGGCACAAGUCGCCGUGCCCGUACUGAGCAAAUUACUCCUCAUGCGCGAUGAAUCGGUUGAGGAGGAGGCGGAUGAAAUGGUCGGUUGGCCCGUUGUUACGGCGCAUCUGGCGGAGUGGACAGACGGCCGUAAAGUCGUCGGCGCGACGUCGCUCGGUCUGGAUGGGAAAUUUCAUAACGUUCCCGACGCGCAGGACGCGCAUGUGCACCUUGCCAUCGCGGUGCUGGAGCGCGCACUGUCGAACACCUGCUCGAAAGAUGAGCGCAAGCCGCUGCUCAUGCUGCUUGCCAAACUGCACGUUGUGCCCGCAGAGGCGGGGGCGAAUACACACGAUCUGCACGCCCUGCAUGGUCUAGUCGCGGAGGCUGUUGAGGCGAAACUCGGGACUGAUGCUGCGCAGCGGAAUGCGUUGGCGAAACUUGAGGCCGCGCUGGAGAAGGUGGUGGGGGAUCUGGAUCGCGGGGAUGAAGAGGGGGCGGAGUCGGAUGCGACGGUUACCCCCGGGAGGGCGGCGGAGACGUCUGUUGAGCCUGAACCUGAGGCUGAGGCUGAUGGAAAGGUCCAACGGAGCGUGUCGCGCGAGACGGAGACGGAGACUGAUGCCGAAACGGACGCGGGGUCUGUACGGCAGGAUGUCGGUGUUGGUGUCGAUGCGGAUGGCGAUGUGGAGAUGGAGGACGACGAUACGAUGUUCGCUGGUAUGCAGGGCGAGGGGACGCGGAUGCCGCUUGAACUUGACGAGGAGGAGGAUGAUGAAGAAGAAGAUGAUGAUGAUGAUGAAGAGGAGAACACGGUGGUGAGUGUAAAGCGGGAGAGGAUGAGGGGCAUGGCGAUCACGGAAGAUGAUAUUGUGGAGGAUUUGCUGGAGAGCGAUAUGAGUGAUUGAUUGAGUUAGUGGGUGGGCGGAAGGUCAUGAAUCUAAUGAUGCGAAUG